AAUCUAUUCUCAUUUCACAUCACGCUCACAGACGGUGGAGGUUUCUAAUCGAGUGUGUUUGCUGCGAUUGCGAAAAAAAUUGUCUAACAUAAAAAGUGGAAGGGAGGACCCCUACGACGGGGCUUGACUGACUCGAAUAAAAGCUCAACGAAGAAUGUAUAGGCAUAGGUGCCGUGCGGUGGGGUGCGGGGAUACGUUGGGGAGGACAAGUUUGCUUUAUAUGUUGCGGUGUUUGUUGUCUGGGCGGAUUGCUGCGCAGUGCUGUACUAAGGAUAGAACACAUUUUAUUCAAAAUGGAUCGUGAUGGAAAGGAUGAAACUAAUGGGUCUAAAUCUAGUGGGAGAGGACGCGGAUCAUUUCUUUUUGAAAUGAUGCGUCAGAGAGCGCAAUUAGAACGAUCUCAAAUGCCGUCCCGUUAUUCUGUAGAAACGCCUAGUGCUUCUUCGACUGAAUUGACAAGAUCAUCUGAGGAAUAUGUCUCCCAAAGCACAAGCUCAAGUGCUAGUGGAGGUCGCGGACGUGCGCAAUUAGUUAAUUUGAUAAGAUCAAUGAGUAGCAGUGCAUCAGAAGCAUCAGACACUUCGGCAGGAAUAUCCGGUUCAGGAAUAGGUCACGGUCGAGGUGCUGCUUUUACAAGUCUUGUAAAAAGGCUCGGUAAACCAAGUCCAUCUGAACAAGAAAAUAUUGAAAAAGAUACUGCAGGAGUUUUAGGAAAAUUAGCCGACAUUUCUGUGUAUGAUACUCCUUCCACAUCCUCCGAUUUACCGUCUGAGGUUGCUGACUCUGCACCGAUAUGUCGACAAGGCAAAAGUGGAACCAAAGUAGAAACAUACGCUAAUUAUAUAGAUUUGAAAAUAGAACCUGGAACUGGUUUAUUUCAGUAUGAAGUUAAAUUUUCACCAGAUAUAGAUUCAACGGGUUUGCGUCGCAAACUACUUAAUCAACAUUCUGACUCUUUAGGACGAACAAAAACAUUUGAUGGGAUGAUACUUUAUGUACCAAGAAGAUUAUCACAAGAUGUUACUCAGUUUAUAUCGCAACAUCCAAUGGAUGGUUCUAGUGUGACUCUCACAAUUAUUUACAGAAAGAAACAACCGAUGAGUGAAAAUACUCAAUUUUUAAAUGUUUUGCUCAAACGCAUUAUGCGUGCGCUUAGUUUAGUUCGUAUUGGUCGACAAAAUUUUAAUCCAUCAUGCGCUCAUGUUUUCAAUCAACAUCGAUUAGAAGUAUGGCCUGGUUACGUGACUGCUGUAAAUGAGUAUGAGGGUGGUUUAAAAUUGUGUUUAGAUGCUAAACAUCGAGUGAUGCGUACAGAAACUGUACGAGAUUUAAUAAAAGAGGUUUAUGAGAAAUCAGAACACAAUUAUAGAGAUGCUAUAAUGCAAGAGAUAAUCGGUACAAGUGUAUUGACGCGAUAUAAUAAUAAGACAUACCGUAUAGAUGAUAUUGAUUGGGAGAAGACUCCGAAUUAUGUGUUUCAUAGAGGUGACGAACAAAUGUCUUUGGUCCAAUAUUACAAAUCGCAUUGGAACAUCGAAAUUGAAGAUCUAAAGCAACCACUUUUAGUGCAUCGUGCUACAAUAAGACAACCAUCUGGCGAGAAGGAGGAAAAAACAAUUCUUCUCGUGCCGGAAUUGAGCUAUGCAGCAGGUCUUACUGAUAGUAUCCGCAAUAAUCAUCAUAUCAUGAAAGAUUUGAGCACAGUUACGAAAAUUUCUCCUAAUCAACGCCGAGAUGUAAUUAGACGAUUUAUAGAAGAGAUAGAAAAGAACACUGUAGCUCGAGAAAUAUUGUCAGGAUGGGGUUUGAGUUUGAGCCCUGAUAUAGCUCAGUUUAAAGCAAGACGUCUCGAUCCUGAAACAAUAAGUUUUGGAAAUAACAAAACAAAUAAACCAGAUAGAUCUCCUUCAGACUGGAGCUCUGAUGCAGUGAGAAAUCCCAUGUUACGCACUCCCAAUUUGCACAAUUGGCAUAUUUUGUUCGUUACAAAGAACAAAUCUUGUGUAAUUAGUUUCUUAGAAACUCUAAAAAGGGUCUCAAGUGUGAUCAAUAUGCGAAUUAAUGAACCACAAAAAAUUGUCUUAAAAGAUGAUAGAACCGAGACUUAUCUACGAGAAAUUCAAAAUAGCAUUAGCUCUAAUGUUGAAUUAAUAGUCAUCGUAUUUACGACCAACCGCACUGAUCGCUACUCUGCAAUAAAAAAACUGUGCUGCGUACAAAAACCUGUACCAUCACAAGUUAUCAUUUCAAAAACGAUUAAUAAUCCUUCUAAAUUGAAAAGUAUCACAGAAAAGAUAGCGCUUCAAAUCAAUUGCAAACUAGGAGGAGCGCUAUGGACCGUUGCUAUGCCGUUGAAAAAUAGCAUGAUAUGCGGUAUUGACGUUUAUCACUCUGGUACAGGAGCGGGUGCGAGAAAGAGUGUUGCAGGAUUUGUUGCUAGUUUAGAUCCACGAAUGACCAAAUGGCAUAGUAGAAUUUGUAUGCAGGCUUCCAAUCAAGAAUUAGUAGAUAUGCUACAAGUGUGCCUUACUUCAGCAAUUAAUACUUAUUACGAGUAUAAUAAAUGUAAUCCAGAGCGUAUAAUUAUAUAUCGUGAUGGAGUUGGUGAUGGCGAUUUGGAUUAUGUGGAAAAGUAUGAAGUGAAACAACUAAUAGCAACGUUUAAUCGUAUUACACCGAAUUAUAAGCCGCAACUCAGUGUGAUUAUUGUUCAGAAACGUAUCAAUACGCGGCUAUUUAUCAAAGAUGAGAGGGAAGGUUUAGCAAAUCCUGGAUCAGGAACUGUUGUUGAUUCUUGCAUAACGAGGCGAAAUUAUUACGACUUCUUUCUCGUGCCGCAAAAUGUGCGACAGGGUACAGUAACUCCCAUUCAUUAUAUUGUAAUACACGAUUCAUCGAACAUGGAAACUGAUCACAUGCAACGACUCACGUAUAAAUUGUGUCAUUUGUACUACAAUUGGCCUGGUACAAUUCGGGUGCCCGCUCCUUGUCAAUAUGCACACAAACUUGUGUACUUAGUCGGGCAAAAUCUUCAGGCUGAACCACAUCGAUCUCUUUCAGAUGUCUUAUUCUAUUUAUAACUUCUUCGCUGUUAUCCAACGUUACUUUCUUCCAUCGAUUCUUUACUUUUUCUUGUUUCUUUUUCUCUUGAAGUAUAAAUAUAGUUAGCAGGAAUAUUUUGAAAGAACUGAUUGUCAUAAGAAUAAUUGACUGUGUUUCUGAUGAUUAUCGAUUAUAAAUGAUGAUCUUAGACAAAUAUGUAUUGUUAAAAAGUAAGAAAAAAUCAUAUAUAGGUAAUAAGAGACUACUAACAAGUAUACUGUUUGAUGAAAAAAGCACUUGGAACGUAUCUCUUACACUUUUUUUUAUAUUAGUGUAGUUGACACUUGCAUUUGUAUUAACCCUGAAAGUAAUGGUUGCUCUAGCACUCAGGUAAUAUCAAUGCAAGGUUAGAGUUCUCAGGAAUUUUAUCUUGUUAACUGUAUAUACAGCGAAAAUUUUUUUUGUUUUUUUUUUUUUAUUGCAAGAACGAUUUAGGCUUUCAUAUUACUUGAAAUUUAUAAUUAAGAAAGGUUUGAAAGAUUUAUUUUCGUAAUCUUAUUUAAAUCUUGCAAAAAAUUAUUGGAACAAUUAUACCAAAAUAAAAUUUUUCAAAAAGUCUGCAAAAAAACGAUUUAUUUUCUUAUUUUAUUUUUGGCAAUAAAACAUGAUUUCGAGUAUACACAUAUAUAUCUAAACACAUGUUCAAAGCAUGCACUUAGAUUAUAAAAUAUGAUUGCUAUCAUUAUAGCACAUUUUAUAAUCUAAGUAAAUAUUAUCUUGAAUAUUUCUGUUAAAAAAAAUUUUAAAUCUGUAUCAAAGAUACUUUUAUGUGUAGGGUGCUCUAGGCUAUUACAGAUAAUUUAAUAAUUAUCUAUUGCUUAAGAUAACAAUAAUAGGUAUAUCGUGCGUAUUUAAAUGCGUAUAUUCUAAACAAAUUUUUAGAGAAAGAAUAUUUUACAAAAUUUUUUUACGAAAUUGCGGUAUAUUUUAUAUAAUAUUAAGAAAUUUUAUGUCUAAAGAAAAAUAUGAUUCCAUAUUUUCGAAGUAAUCUGUACGCUAUUUCUAUAUUUGCCUACUUAAAUAUUUGUUGUGUUUUUUAAGUAGCAUCUUUUAUUUGGCUUUAGCGUGAAUUUUUUAAACAUUCUCGAUUUUAUUUCGUCUACUAUUGCUAUCUUGUGGAAAAUGAACAAAUUUUUUGUUUAAACAGUUAAGCUUUAAACGAUUUAAAAAUGUUCUAUUGCAAUAUAUAUUAUCAUUCAUUUGCUACAACGACAUAACUAAAAAAAUUGUCAUUUUUGAGUUAGAUAGAGAAUUUUGAAAUUCAAUAUAAGUCUAAUGAAGAAUUAAUGAUACUUUUAUUUCUUUACGAUCAGUAGACUAAGUCAUUAUGCCAAAAUAACAUUUAAAAGUGUAAUUAUUUAAAAAAUUCUAGAGAAUAUUUUUGUGAUAAAAAAGAACAAGUGAAUGAUAGUAAUUCUAAGUACAUAAGCCAAAUUUUCCAUUGAAAAUUACAGAUUAAAUAAUUUUUUUACAGUUUAACGUAUAAUUAUUAUCAUAGAGUUGGAAAAAGUAUUUAAUUUUAAUUUAUAAAAAUAAAUACAAGAUUCAGCUAAAAAAGUAAAUCACUCGUAAUAUGCUUUAUGUAUUGUUCACUUUGUCAUACAUAUAUAUAUUUCAAUGUUAUACAUGUACAUACAAAAUAUAAGUUCAUAAUUAAUCUAUUCUGACAAAUUUUCUAAAACUUUAAUCAAACUUUAGCCUGGAGAAUUUAAACAAUAAAAAUGAAACAAAUAAC